AUGAGCGACUUGAACUUCUUUAUUGAGUCCGACAGACUGUACCUCUCGUACUUCCAGCCAGACUUGGACUCUCAUUGUGAGUUCCUGGUCAGGCUGUACAACACUCCCGAAUUCAUUGCCUCCAUAGGCGGCAAACCAACGUCCAUCACCGCCGUCGAGGCGGCGCGUGAGCUCCUUGAGGGGCGCUUCGUAGACGAACACGAGCGGAACGGAUUCGGCACCUACCUUGUCAGCCUGAAGCCGACUACUUACACAACAGCGAACAACAGCUUUCCAGAUCUUUUGGAGGCAUGCGUACAUGUCGGCACCGUGUCGCUCAUGCGGGGUCAACCACCGAACUGCUACUCGGUGCCUGAUCUAGGUUUCGCCGUGCUGCCCGAGUAUACCAAGCGAGGGAUCGCAACCGAGGCCUCCAGAGCGCUGCUCCAGUAUGUAGAGACGGAAAAAGGCGUCAAGGAUGUGCUGGGGCUGUUCAGCCCUGACUACGAGGCAUCAAAGGCCGUCUUUUUGAGACUUGGGUUCGUGGACCGCGGGCUUCAUAGGCUCAAAGUGUUUGGCAACGUUCUCGGAGCUGUGUUUACCAAGCCGGGAAUGAGCGAUGACUUGAAGAUUUACGGCCUGUGA